UAACAUGCAGCACAUAGAACACUAGAAAUGUUAGGUGUGUAUGUGAUCUUAAAGUUAUUGGCAUUAUGUUUCAUGGAUGUGCAAUAAUUAGUUAUUAGUGCCAUUAUUUAUUUAUUUAACCCCUAACAGAAGCUAUUUUACAUGAUCUCUUUCUUAUUCGAGCAGUAGACAGGAAGUGUAAAGAGGUUUGUUGAGGUUGGUACUUAAAAUUGUGUAAAGUGCAAUAGGGAAGGAAGUACAGAGAAAGAAGAAGUCCGAGAGAAACUCUGAUCUCACGUUUUAAUGAACUGUUUCUUGUCUUUCUCCUCUUUUCCUUCUGCAUUAUUAGAAAUGUAAAGUUAAUGUGUUUUUUUUAAAAGCUAAGCGUCAGAGUUUCAUUGUCGUUUUCGAUGUGAAGAUGGACCAAACCUUGCGUUGUGUGCUGGGGUUUUUCUUGCUGAAUUUGAUCCCCCACGGAUUGGCUCAAGGUAACCGUCCCCGUGUGACCACAACAUCCAACUGGCCUGAAACAUUCUGGGCUGAGACGCUCACUCUCAGAUGUGAGAUUGAGGGAGGUGGCGACUCUGAAUGGACGUUUGGAUGGAGAAGACACAGAACAUUCAGCUCAGACAAAGAAACAAAAGACAAUAAAUACAUUAUUAGCAGAGCCACUGAUUCUGACAACGGAGACUAUGAGUGCAUCGGCAGAAGAGGACCCCCUAAUUCUACCUUCACGCCUUGGAGUGAACCCUUCAAAUUGACUGUAACACCAAGAACACCAAAGGCUGAACUGAGAGCUGACAACACAUCAAUUCCAGCAGGGGGCGCUGUGACCCUGACCUGUGAUGUGAACUCUCCAUCAUCUGGCUGGACGUACAUCUUGUACAGAGGAGAUCACCCGGGCACACAAGAUGAUGGUAAAAACUUCAAUGGACGAAUCAGUGUCUCCCAGGGAGGAGUCUACUGGUGCAGAGGAGAGAGAGGAGAACCAGUUUACUACACUCAUUACAGUGAUUCAGUCACUAUCAACAUCAUUUUAUCAAACAGAGCUGUUGCGACUCUUCAGCCCCAUUGGACUGAGAUAUACAGCGGAGAGAAGAUCACUUUUAGAUGUGAAAUCGAGGGUGGAGACGACUCUGAGUGGGAGUAUGAGUGGGAAACAACCACCUCUGAAAGAUCUGUAAGACAGAGUAAAUCCUUUGAAAUGACUGCUACUUCUUACAGGGAAGGAGAAUACAAGUGUAAGGGAAAACACAAAACUGAGGUACUUUCUUCAACACCAUGGAGCACUCCAAUCACAUUGAAAGUAUCAGAACAAAAACCAAAGGCUGAGCUGAAGGCUGAUGACACAGAUAUUCCAGUAGGAGGUUAUGUGACCCUGACCUGUGAUGUGAGGUCUUCAUCUGGUUGGAAAUACUACUUUGGGUACAGAGCAGAUAAAUCCUCUCACCCAUCAUCCAUAAAUGAUGUCUCCUUGGCUGGACAAAUUAGUGUCUCAAAGGAAGGACUCUACUGGUGUAGAGGAGCGAGAGGAAACCCAGUUUACUACACAGAGGACAGUAAUACAAUUCAGUUAAAAGAAAAUACGGUUGCAAACAAGGCUGUCGUGACUCUGCACCCCGACUGGUCUGAAAUAUACAAUGACGAGUCGAUUACUCUAAGAUGUGAGAUACAGGAUGGAGACGACUCUGAGUGGGAGUACGAGUGGGAAACAAGCAGCUCAUUCAAACCUCCAAAGGAAAAGGAAUACAGUAUUGGACCUGCUUAUACAUCACACAGUGGAAACUACAGUUGUAAGGGCAGAAAAAAAAGUGACCAGUCUCCAACAGGUUGGAGCAUUCCCAUCACAUUAACGGUUUUAUACAGUUCACCCCAGCCUGUCCUCACCGUGUCUCCACUCUGGCUGAGUCCUGGAGACUCUGUGACUCUGAACUGUGAGGUUAAACACCCAUCAGCAGGAUGGAGGUUCUACUGGUAUAAAGCUAUUCCCAAACUAUCUGACAACUCCUACAGCUACCAGCUGCUAUCUGGAAGCAGAAAUGGAACUGAAAAGUAUUCCUUCAUUGUUCAUGGACAGACACACACAGCAGGAUAUGUGUGCAGAGCUGGAAGAGGAGAAAUGAACACUCCUUAUAGUAAACCAAAGUUUGUCUGGUCUGGAGAUUUGCCUUCAUCAGCAUCUCUCACAGUGAGUCCUGAAAGAGUGCAACACUUCACCUCUGAUUCUGCCUCACUGGAGUGUAAGGGGAACUCUACUCUGUGGAGAGUGAAGUUUCAAGAGGACAGCUCCCUGGCAGAUUGCUCCCUGAGGGAUACAAUGACUGGAUCAACAUGCACAAUAAAAAGUUUCAUUUCAAGAAAUAAUGUGUACUGGUGUGAGUCUGGAUCAGGGGAGUUUAGCAACGCUGUCAACAUCACUAAACAGAAUUUGUAUAUUAUCCUGGUGAGCCCUGUCCAUCCAGUGACUGAAGGAAGUUCAGUUAUUCUUAGCUGCAGAUUGAGACACUCAGAUAUUGUUUCCAAUGUGUUCUUCUAUCGGAAUAACAAACUCAUUCAAAAUGAUACCAGAAAGGAGCUUAAUAUCUCUGCUGUGUCAAAGUUUGAUGAGGGCUUCUACAAGUGUCAGACCUCAGGGAGAGAGUCGUCUCAGAGUUGGAUGUCAGUAACAGUUGUAGCGGUGUCCAGCCUUGGGAACCCUUCAUAUCCUGUAAUUCUUGUGAUUGUCGGGCUGAUUUGUGGAGUAGUACUUAUAAUUCUUCUGCUCCUGUUGUAUCGCUGCAGGCAGUCAAAGGAUUCAUGCCUUAUCAGGUCAAUCCAGUCUGAAAGCACCAACCAGGACUCGGCCACAAAUCCAGCCGCUCAGCAUCAUAAAUACUCACCUCCCCUGCAGGGUGACGAGUGUCAUUAUGAAUCAAUCAAAGGCCCUGGAGACACCGCACAUGAUGCAAACCAGUCCCAGUCCCAGGAUGUUACAUAUUCUCUGAUCGAGCUCAAAAACAUCGGAAAGAAAGGGAAGAAACCUGAACCAGACAACAGCAUGAUUUAUUCUGAUGUGAGGUUAGAAACAGAAGAUCCAUCUGUCCUUUAUUCUCAAGUCAGCUGCCAUAAUCCAGGUAAAGCCAAGAAAAACAAAGGAAAGCCAACUCCUGCGAUAACUGAAGAAUCGGUUUACUCUGAAGUCAAACCAGAUCAGUAGAGUUCUGUAUCAACAGACGUAAGGAAUGGAUGACAACAUGAAAAAAAGAAGUCUUGGUUUGAUUAGCAUUUGCAGCUGUCAUGUGAUAAUUUUGUGCUCGUGCUUGUAAAUUAUUAAAAGUAUUCGGUACAGUAAGUAGCAUAGAAAAUAAAUUAAAUUGUGUAUUUAUUUUGUAUUCUUGAAAGUUUGGUUGAACAUUUCAUGCAUCGAUUAACUUCUUUCAUUAGUAAGCUUUGAGCAGCGUUACCCGCCUUUAUUUGGGACAGGGCGGAUCAUUUCUUUGGUAAUUUUCUAAUGUUUGUGAUGCAAUGACAAAGUAGAAAAGGAAGAUAUAAGACCUGAGGUGUCUCAUGUAUCUGUCACAUUAGAAAAGAACUGAUUCAUCAGAUUCAACUUUAAAUGUGACACAUGUCUCUUCAACAAAGUUAUAGUUGUACAGAAAGUGUUUGUAAAGUUGAAUUGUUACGUUCCACAUGUUUUUGUUUUGUUAAACUAAGUUACAUUUCAUUUGAACUACUUGUAUCGUGCUGUAUCAAGAGCAGAAGAUUUUAUCCACGAGGAAUAGUAUUUAAAAAUGAGAACAUAACCAGAGUAUAAAAAUCUCUACACUGUUUAGCGUUAAGCUAACCACUUAGCAUAUGCUGUAAUAGCCUGUUUUCUGUUUUUUAUUUUUUUUAAUAAGUUCUCUUCUUUACCUUAGUGAUACUAUAGUUUGUUGUAUUCAAACAAAAGCCUUUCAUAGAAUAUUUGAGUUUCAAUGGUUAUUGGUGAACAUGUCUGUACAGAUUUCUGCCAUUUCAAUAAAAUUGGAUUUUUAAGAUA